UACACUUGUAACUUGUUCAUACUACAAACCUCACUCUCACUCUCACUCUCACUCUCACUCUCACUCUCACUCUCACUCUCAUUCCCUUCUACUUAAAUUUAAUGUUUAUUAAAGUAAAUAAAAGCUAGUAACUAAUACUACUACAGGUAAAGCAUGAAUAUUUCACUCUCCAAGCAAACGCCGAUGGUGAUCAACCUCCUUCCGCGCCACCGGAGAAAGGAGAAGGCGGUGGUGGUGGUGGGGGCGACGGGGACCGGAAAGUCCCGGCUCUCCAUCGACCUGGCGACCCGGUUCGACGCGGAGGUCAUUAAUUCCGAUAAAAUGCAAGUAUACAGGGGGCUCGACAUCGUCACCAAUAAGGUCACCGAGGACGAGUGCUGCGGCGUGCCGCACCACCUCCUCGGAUUCGCGGACCCCGCAGCGGACUUCGGGGCCCGCGACUUCGUCCACCACGCCUCCGCGGCGGCCGACGACAUCACCGCGAGGGGGCGGAUGCCCAUCAUCGCCGGAGGAUCCAACUCCUUCAUCAAAGCGCUCGUCGUCGACGACCACCAUUUCCGGUCGAGGUACGACUGCUGCUUCUUGUGGGUCGACGUGGCGGCGCAUGUGCUCGGCCCGCGAGUGUCGGGGCGAGUCGACCGGAUGGUGGACUCGGGCCUGGUGGAGGAGGCGCGGGGCUUCUUCAGCCCCGCUGGAGACUACAGCCGCGGGGCCCGGCGCGCCAUCGGCGUGCCGGAGCUCGACGAGUACUUCAGGAGCGAGGGUGGCGGCGGCGACAGGGAGAGGCUGCUCGAAAAAGGAAUUGAUCAGAUAAAAUUCAAUACCCGGGCUCUGGCGGGUCGCCAGCGGCAGAACAUUAUGCGGCUAGCGGAGCACCUCGAGCGGCGGAUGCACCGCCUCGAUGGGGAGAGGCCCAUGGAGGGGCUGAGCGCCAGGAUCAUAGCUCAGUUCCUGCGCGAGGACCAAGUGGACUUUGUGUCAGCGAUCGCGGCUGGGCCAAACCGGCCAGCCGCCGGUCAACUUAUAACUUCCGCCGUCGGCCGCUAGUGGGACCCUUCAAAUAUUUUCACUGUUUUAGUACUAAAUCCUCCCUCCGUCCAUAAAUAAGAAAAUUAUUUUUUUUUCCGGCACAAGUUAAAAGAAAUAUUAAGAAAAGUUGAGGAUAAAAAGUUGAAAAGGAAUAAGUUAGUAGGAUGCAGAGCCUACUAUCAUUUAUAGUAUAAAUGAAUCAAAAUUCCUAUUCGCAGCUAAUGGAAGGAGUACUUAAUGGCUUCACUUAAAAUCAACUCCUACUAUCGUCCAAAAAAUUGGUCUAUCUUAAAUGGAACAAGUAUGAUAGUAAUUCUAGUAGUACUUAGAAUUACUCCCUCCGUCCCGCACUACUCGCACUUAUUUCCUUUUUGGGCGUCCCAAGUUACUUGCACUCUUUCCAUUUUUAGUAAAAAAUUUCACCUACA